AUGCCCAGAGCUGGACAUGCCUGGUGUACAGCGAGCUCUUUUUGAAACCACUUUGAAAGGCGUGCCGUCAACAAGCACACCUGUGACUUAAUUAAACAGACAAUGACGAAUUACCAUCGUAGCUUCCAAAAUAAAAUUACGGACUUUACAUAGAAUUAAUAAACCACUUUAAAAGUGUUUGUUAGUCCACUCCCAAGCUAUGUCUAAAAUUUAAACUGUAAACAAGCAUGUCAGGACUUUUAGAAAACUCAGUACAUUUAUUAACACAUUUUCCAGAACAAUAGAAUAUUUUAUUUUGAAGAUUACCUCAGUCAACAUGCUGGGGUUGCCUGACUGGCAUGUAGGACUUGUUCAGUUGGAAGUGUGGAGAGGACAUGCGGUCCUUCUUUUAACGCUUAAACCUGAAAGUCAAUGUAAACGAAUGGUGACCUGAUCGAGAUGGCCAGAACAGGGGUGUGUUGCGCCAGCCUGGAGGAGCCCGCGGCCCUGAUGAAGAUGGGCCUCAGCAUGGUGCUAGUGGGCCACGUCAACUUCCUGUUGGGAGCGCUGGUGCACGGCGUGGUGCUCCGGCACAUCAACCUCCACAAGCAGGCUCGUGCCAUGGAGUACGCCAUCUCCAAUGUGGUGGCACUUGCAUCUGGACUAAUGGGAAUUGUCAUUGGCAUUCUGGCUAUUGUCUUGUCUAAAAACAAGAAAAGCCGAGGCCUGACAUGGUCCCUCUUCAGCGUCAGCCUUGUAUCGUCGCUAAUGGCGUCGGCGUCCGCCAUCGGCCUCCUGGUGUCCGUGGUGCGGGCCAUCGUCUACGGUGGGCGGAGCCUGCUGACACACUGCCGCUUCCCCGAUGCCAUCGACUACUCCAGCAUCACCAACGAGUGUCCUUUUGACCCCACGCGCAUCUAUAGUACCACUCUGAUCCUUUGGGUGCCUCUCAUCGUGACUUGUGUGAUCCAGCUGAUCUUUUCCGCCCGCUGCCUUUCCGUGUGCGUCUCCUUCCUGGGUUUGCCCUGCUGGCCGCACAGGAAGCGGCCCCGAACGGUCAUCAAGGCGACGAGGCCUCCGGAGGAACCGGUUGAAUCUCGUGUCGGCAAAGCCAAACAGCAGAAAGAAACUCCCCCUCCACUUCCUCCCAAGCGCUACACCGAAGCUCCGAGGAGCUACAGUGAACCCAGAAGACCGGUGUCACAAACGGUCAGGCAGCAACGCCGGCAGCCUCCCCCGCCUUACUACAGGAGCCUCCCCCCUGCGGAGAGGCGGCCUGUUUCUGUUCGCCGGCAGCCUCGCUGGGAAAGGUCACGGAGCCCCGAUGCUGCGCAAGGGAGCCGGCAACCAAUGCUGGAACAGCGCAACCUAUUGGAGAGAGGCGCUCUGGAACGAUCCAGUUUCUGGAUUUAGUCCAAAUGAUGCCGACUGCUUUUUAUUUCACAGUGGACCUAAACUUCAACCAGGCACAUACUGGCCACUUCUUGAGGUAUACUUGGACCCAAUACAAGCAACCCCCCCCUCACCCCAUCAAAACUGAACUUUUCUUUUGACAUUUCUCAUUAGACGGUGCAGUUGUCCCUAACGCUGUGGUCUGUAAGUGUGUCAGUAUUAGGGAUGGGUGAUUUAAGUGAUCACGAAGCAUUGAUUGGAUUGAUUGCAAUUAUUGGACUAAUCACGUCUUCAAGGAAAUGAAUCAACUGGCCCGUAACAAAGCAAAGGUGCUGUUGAUUUAUUCAAAUAAUUUGCUGUUGACUAGUACAACAUGGAAGUAUGGGAAGCAAAGCUAUAUCACAAAUGGUCAACAUUUAUCAAUAUGCACCAGUAUAUAAUUUAUAACUAACUAUGAUGCAUGUAUUUUUUUUUAAUUUCCGCUAUUUUAAAAUGUUAAAGGAAUAUUUAAACCGUGGUUGGAGCUCAAAGAAGCUUUCCAGUCUUUGCGCUUGACAAAAAAAAAAAAAAAGUACCUCGUGAGGAUGUGUCUUCACCACCAUUAUGUGCGUUUGUGUGUCUAGUUACUAUUUUAUUCUUGCCCUUUUCAAAAUAAAAAAAUUGAGACAUAGGCUGCUGUGUUUACUUUUCGUAGAAAGUGUUCAUUGUAAUUGCACACGCGUGGUAAUAUUUGCUGGCAGUGACCUGACAGGAAGGACUGGUUACUCACAUACACGCCCAUGCACACUUGUUUCUGGAACUAUUCGCAAACAUUUCUUCCCCCUUUUUAUCAAGGUGGCACAUGACGUAAUGCUUUUGUCAUUGUAUGCAAAAUGUUUUGAUACUUUUGGAAUCUCUUCCUGGCAAAAAGGUGUAAUUUGAUGAAGAUUCCAAUUAUAUACUUCUUAUGCAAUCAAGCAGGUCUAAAACUGACAGCAUCAUUAAAAAUGCUAAUUAAAAAACUGGUCCUAAAUGA